AUGACGUUUUUCCGGGAUGUAAAAUACAUCGGCCGCGCCGCUAGUAAACACUCUUUGAAAAUUAACAUCCUAUCCUCUAAGAAAAGUAAAAGCCCGGGUGCGCAGGGCACUCGUGUCGAUGAGAAAAGUCCGUUAAAAUUUGUUCAGCGAAUAUUUAGCAAGCCCAAAGGGAGUAAUCCCCUGGCGUUAAAGGAAAUUUCAAAGAGUUCUGGGCGACAGUCCCCGGUGGCGCGCCCGGCUAACAUGAAUCACACGCCUGCACCUGACAGGCAGCAGCAAGACCCUAAUGUGAACCAAGUCGAGGAAAUGGAAACGCAAGAAGUUGAAACUGUAGCAACCGCUACAGAUAAAAUUUGGGCUGAGGAUUUAAUGAAAGGUCCCAAUGGUGGAGUAGUUAUGACUGAUGUCAUGAAAAACCAGGAGACUUCAUCAUCUGACAUGCCGCUGGCAUGCUUAGAUGCUGAGAUGGAAGAUGACGAGGCUAGGUCAGAGGCGACGUUCCGAUUCACAGUACCUAACUUCAGAAACCUUAAGGAUUCUGUACUAUCGCCACCAUGUUACGUCCGCAAUCUGCCUUGGAAGAUAAUGGUGAUGCCUCGACAAGCGCCAUCCCCUGACCGCCAGCAACAAAAGUCCUUAGGAUUUUUCCUCCAAUGUAAUGGGGAAAGUGAGUCAUCAAGCUGGUCUUGCUACGCUAUGGCUGAAUUGAGACUCAUCUCUCACAAACCUGAAACAGAGCCAUUUUACAGAAAAAUUCAGCAUUUGUUCUAUAGUAAGGAAAACGAUUGGGGUUUCUCCCACUUUAUGUCUUGGAAUGAUGUGUUGGACCCAGAGAAGGGAUACAUCAAGGAUGAUUCAAUCACCCUGGAAGUGCAUGUUACUGCAGAGGCACCGCAUGGAGUCUCAUGGGAUUCUAAGAAACACACUGGUUAUGUUGGUUUGAAAAACCAAGGGGCUACAUGUUACAUGAACUCUUUGUUACAAACAUUAUAUUUUACGAAUCAACUCAGAAAGGCUGUGUAUAAAAUGCCCACAGAGUCAGAUGAUAGCACCAGAUCUGUCGCUCUCGCCCUUCAACGAGUGUUUUAUGAAUUACAAUUCUCUGACAAACCAGUGGGCACCAAGAAGCUAACCAAAAGCUUUGGAUGGGAAACUCUAGACUCGUUUAUGCAACACGAUGUGCAAGAAUUCCUAAGGGUACUUCUAGAUAAACUUGAAAGUAAAAUGAAGGGUACGUGCGUAGAAGGCACCGUGCCGCGUCUUUUCGAGGGAAAGAUGACUUCUUACAUCAAGUGCAAAAAUGUGAAUGUGUCAAGCACACGAGUGGAAACUUUUUAUGAUAUACAGCUUAACAUAAAGGGAAAGAAAAAUAUCGACGAAUCGUUCAAAGACUACAUAAGCACGGAGACGCUGGACGGAGAGAACAAGUACGACGCGGGCGAGCACGGCCUGCAGGAGGCGGAGAAGGGCGUCAUCUUCGCGUCGUUCCCGCCCGUGCUGCACCUGCACCUCAUGCGCUUCCAGUACGACCCCAUCACCGACAACUCCGUCAAGUUUAAUGACAGGUUCGAGUUCUACGAGCACAUCAACCUGGACGCGUACCUGCAGGAGAAGCCGGAGACGCCGGCCGACUACACGCUGCACGCCGUGCUCGUGCACUCGGGCGACAACCACGGCGGCCACUACGUCGUGUUCAUCAACCCCAAGGGGGAUGGGAAGUGGUGCAAGUUUGACGACGACGUAGUGUCGCGCUGCUCGAAGCAGGAGGCCAUAGAGUACAAUUACGGCGGACACGACGAGGACAUGGCGCUCACCGUCCGCCACUGCACCAACGCAUACAUGCUUGUAUAUAUUAGAGAUUCACAAUUAAAAACAGUAUUACAAGAAGUUACACAAGCAGAUAUACCAACAGAACUUAGUGAACGUCUAGCAGAGGAAAAAAGAAUUGAAACAAUCCGGCGCAAGGAGCGCAACGAGGCGCACCUGUACAUGAACGUGAACGUGGUGCUGGAGGAGGCGUUCGACGGGCACCAGGGCAACGACCUGUACGACCCCGAGCGCGCGCACUACCGCGUGUUCCGCGCGCGCAAGCAGGCCUCCGUGGCCGAGCUCAUGGACAUGCUGGCCGACAACUUCCGCUACCCCCUCAAGCACCUGCGGCCCUGGCCCUUCAGCGCGCGCUCUAAUCAGACUUGCAGACCAACUUGCUUAGACCUCGUCAACGAUCAGAACAAGACGAUAGCAGACAUAUCAGAAAACAUGAACCCGUGGAAUAUCUUUUUGGAAAUGUUGCCACCGGACUCCGGCUUCAGCGCUCUGCCGCCCUUCGACAAGGAGAACGACGUGGUUCUAUUCUUCAAGUUUUAUGAUCCAAAGCAAAAACGCAUCCACUACUGUGGGCACCACUAUUUGCCUAUAGCAAGCAAGCCUGCCGAUCUGAUACCCAUAUUGAAUAAACGCGCUGGUUUCCCUCCAGACACUCCACUGGUUCUGUAUGAAGAAAUAAAGCCAGACUUCGUAGAGAAGAUCAACAACUACAAUGAUCCACUCGAAAAGGUAUUGGACGAGCUGAUGGACGGCGACAUCAUCGUGUUCGAGCGCGCCGACAACCGCCACGAGGAGCUGGAGCUGCCCACCUGCCAGGACUACUUCAAGUACAUCUUCUACAAGGUCGAGGUGCAGUUCGUGGACAAGACCGUGCCCAACGACCCCGGAUUUACAAUGGAGUUGUCAAUGCAAAUGCGUUAUGAUCAAAUGGCUCGGGCUGUAGGCCAGAGACUCAAUGUAGAUCCGUUCUUAAUACAAUUCUUCAAAUGUCAAAAUUACAAAGACACUCCAGGCCCGCCGCUCAGAUAUUCUUAUGAUGGAAUCCUAAAGGAUUUACUAGUGUACUGUAAACCAAAGUGCCCUAAAAAAUUGUUCUAUCAAAUUUUAUCUAUUAAAGUUAAUGAGUUAGACAACAAAAAGCAAUUUAAAUGUUUAUGGGUUGGUUCAAAUUAUAAAGAAGAUAAAGAAUUAAUUUUAUAUCCUAACAAAGGUGGAAAGGUAGCAGACAUUUUGGAGGAAGCUGCAAAGGUUGUUGAAAUGUCACCAGAAGGUUCUGGAAGGUUACGAAUUGUAGAAGUUUCGUGUCACAAAGUUUUACCGGGGCCCGAUCCGGAACUAACUCUUGAUCAAGUUACUAUAUCGCCUCCCCGGCUGUAUAGAAUAGAGGAAAUACCAAGAGAUGAAGUCAAUUUACAGGAAGACGAGAUCCUAGUCCCGUGUGCACACUUCCACAAACAGGUGUACUCUACGUUCGGGAUCCCGUUCUUCGCGCGCGUCAAACACCACGAGCCCUUCCAAGCUCUAAAGGACCGCUUGCAGAAGAAACUUGAUAUACCCGAUAAAGAAUGGGAAAAGUACAAUUUCGCUAUAGUAACUAAUGGCAGACCUAAUUAUAUAAGUGAAGGAGCGACAAUUAACAUAUUCGACUUCAGGCCAAACAGCAAUACAAAUCUGUCACUUCCAGACGCGACGGGGCGGCCCUGGCUCGGCCUCGAGCACAUCAACAAGACGCCCAAGCGCUCGCGCGUCAACUACCUGGAGAAGGCCAUCAAGAUAUACAAC